AUGCCCGAUGGUCGUAUAUAUGAUGUAGAUAGUAUUGAAGAUCCAGUAAAACGUCAAGGAAAAGGUAGACCAGCUAUCAAACGAUUAAAAGCUUGUGGUGAACAAAAAAAUAAGGCAGAUAUUAAUAAAGUACAAAAAGAGAAUGUUUAUGAAGAUGAUGAUAAAGAUUUGAAUGAUUCUAGUAAUGUAAAUAGGC